AGCAGCACGUUCACGUCACACGUGAAUGUGUGAGGGGGACAAUAAAAAAUAUUAAUAAACGUUGCCCUAAAUUCAUGAAUAGCAAUGCAUUUUUUUUUUUAAAUCUAUUAUUAUUAUUUUGUUUUUUUCUUUUUAUUUUCGGUGAAGGAGGGGCGCGAGUCCUCCGGACAGACGGGGAUGGAGGCAGGGAGGAGAGACGCUGAUCAGAGGGAGGGGGUGGGUUAAUUCUGAGCUCAGGGCCGCGGAUUAAAGCCGAGAGAGAAGUCCCAGCUCGAUGACAGCAUCCAGCACAUAGCCAUCCCCACCAUCAUCCUCUGCUCCUGCCGGACUCCGUGGAUUUUUCACAAUCAACCACCAACCUCUCGCCCCCCUUUUGGAAACCUCCGAAUCACCGAUCUUUUCGGGGUGAUUUAAACACCUUGGUCCGCCUGUCUGUGUCCUCUUCAGACCACGAGGUGGUGGCGCCAGAUUAAGAUUGGGCCCCGAUGAUUGCAAGGACCCCUGUCCACCAUUUUUCAGCCAAUCCUGGAGGGGUCACAGAGCUGCUGUCUCAGAGGACAAGGGAGCAUGCAUGUUUUGGAGUCCUGAAGAGGCAAGCUACAUCUCAAUAAAUGGAGGAGAAUGAGCGAUGUAGGAGCAGGUCUCCAGCUCGGAGGACCAAUCGGGUGCAGCAGGUGGUGGGAACAAUAAUACGACGUACUCGGGAGUCUCUGAGCAGAGAGCGUCUGCUUGGUGAUGGGAGGUCGCAGCGCUCAAACAGUCUGUCCAGUCAGAGCUUCCAGGCCAAACUGACACUGCAGAUCACCAGAGACCCUGUCCUGGACCGCAGCACCGGACAUGGCUUCACUCUCACCACGGACACCCCCCUGCUGGUCAGGGAUGUUGCCCCAGGUAGCCCUGCAGAUGGGAUCCUAUUCCCAGGGGACCAGGUGCUGCAGAUAAAUGAUAAAGUAAUGGAGGAUUUGAGUGAAGAGCAGGUGGAAAGUAUCUUAAGGGACUUGGAGGAUUGUAUCAAUGUGACUAUUCUGCGGCACAUGACAAAUCCCAAGUCGUCAAUUAUGUCAGCUGAGAAGAGAGCUCGUCUGAGGAGUAAUCCAGUUAAAGUGCGCUUUGCAGAAGAGGUGGUGGUCAAUGGGCACACUCAGGGAAACUCUCUUCUCUUCCUUCCCAAUGUCCUAAAAGUUUAUCUAGAGAAUGGGCAGACCAAGGCCUUUAAGUUUGACAAUACAACCGCUGUCAAGGACAUUGUUCUGACUCUGAAGGAAAAACUGUCCAUCCGGGUGAUUGAGUACUUUGGCUUGGUACUAGAGCAACAGUAUAGCAUCACAAAACUCUUGCUACUGCAUGAAGAUGAGCUCAUUCAAAAGGUGGUGCAGAAAAAGGACUCGCAUGAUUACAGAUGUCUGUUCAGGGUUUGUUUCAUUCCCAGAGACCCCACAGACCUGCUGCAGGAUGACCCCAUGGCCUUUGAGUAUCACUUUUUGCAGAGUGUUGGAGAUGUGCUACAGGAGCGUUUUGCAGUGGAGAUGAAGUGUAACACGGCGCUCCGCCUGGCUGCUCUGCACAUGCAUGAGAGACUUGAUAGUUGUGGACACACCCGGACAUCUAUAAAGAGUAUUACGAAGGAGUUUGGCCUGGACAGCUUUAUCUCACCCACACUGCUAAGUAACAUGAGGGAGAAGGACCUGAGGAAAGCAAUUAGCUACCACCUCAAAAAGAUCCAGUCCCUGCUUGAGCCACGGCAGAAGGUAAUAUCAGCUACACAGGCUCGAUUAGCCUACCUUGCUCAGCUUGGAGAGGUCAUUUCCUAUGGUGCACGAUCUUACACAGCUACAAUGAUGCUUCAGGACAGGGAAGUGCUGGUCAGCUUGCUAGUAGGAGCCAAGUAUGGGUUGAGUCAAGUCAUUAACCACAAGCUCAACAUGAUAUCCACCCUGGUUGAGUUCAGCAGCAUCAGCCGAGUGGAGCUGCUAUCCGAGUCGGACAAAGUCAGCCUGUUGCGCAUUUCACUGCAUGAUAUGAAGCCAUUUGCCUUACUGAUGGAUUCUAUGGCAGCCAAAGACUUAGGGUGUCUGCUGGGAGGCUACUGCAAACUCCUGGUGGAUCCAAGUGUUAAUGUCUUCCGUCUGGGGCGCCCGAAAGUCAGGGUGCACCGGAUUCCUGCUGAAGAAGGUGUGUGUGGGAGAUUCGCCGUAAUAGAGGGCGUGUGCUAUGAAUCCCUAUCAAGCUAUGUGUCUCGCUGCUGCAGUGAUUCAGACGAUUCAACAGAUGACGAUGACCCAAUGGAUUCUCAAAGUUACAAAGGCUCAGACCCUGCAAGUACGGACUGGGAAGAAAGAAGAAGAGAGGAGGAGGAAAAGAGGAAAGAGGAAGAAAGGAAAGAGAGAGAAGAACACAAAGGCAAACAGGAAGUGAAAAUAAUAGUUACAAGCGAAGGCAAAGAGAAUGAGAGCGAAGAGGAAGUAGGUGCAACAGGAAGUGGUCUACGUAAAUUUAAUGUUGUGGAUGAAGAAAUGAACCUGGAGACCAACUGGUACCACACUGACCCAAGGGUCACUAGCAGCUUCUCCAGCUUGUCCAGCAGUUCCUUGAGCACUGCCCUGGAUGAAAGCAGUGCUGCAGCCAAAGCCCCUUGUCGCCUGGAUGCUUUUCGUGGGUCAAGCCCAGGCGAAGAUCCUUCAAACAUGGACGUCCACCACCCCUACCUCCUUGAGACAAAGCGCCAAGGGCCCCUGCGACCCACAAACCUAAACUAUUGUGGCAAUGAUAACUCUUUCCUCUGUUUUGCUGAUCUCUCCAAGGCUGAUUUCUUGCCUAGUCCAGCAGGAGCUACAAGUGAUGAUGACGAUGGCGACGAUGAUGACGAGGAGGAGGAAGAUCUGGGCAUCCACAAACUCAGAUGCAUUUCUAAGAUACCUAGUUCUAGAGAUCUGAGAAUGAUUGAUAGCACACCUUUUGAAAGAUUGCCCAUUAAAAGAAAGAAAAAGACUCCCCCCAAAGUCCCAGUAAGAACAAGUUCAAUUCCUGGAAAUAAGUCAGCACAAGCAGAGCACCGUCUGUCUAAAGAUGCGGAUGGUCUUUUUCUUACUCCUUCACCAAACCCAAAACCAGCUCUUUUGUUAAAGGACAAUGUCUCAGAAUCAGAAGACGAGUUUUUUGAUGCACAGGAGAGAUUUACUCCACCAGUUCCAGAGCUAUCAGAUGCUGAGCUGGCUGAUCGGCGAAAUGCUAACCGUUUGAGUGGAACCUGGAACAGCCUUCCAUCUGUCCCAGGAAAAGGACCAUCAUCCCCUGUUACCAAUAAACCUCAAUCCCCUAAAAUGAAGAAGGAAUCUGAGUUGCUAAAAGACUCUACAAAUCAACUUGUUUACCGACAAGCCAGUCUUUCAAAGUCAAUCCAGAAACCUGAAGUCAAAGUCAAACCACCACUGGCACCUAAACCCCAGUUGCCUCCCAAACCUCAGAUGAUGCCUCCCAAGUCACCCCAACGUGGAAGAUCAUAUGCCCAGUGCAACGGGGAUGCCUCGGGACAUUUGUCUUCUGAACUUUUGGAAAUGGAGCCAGACACAAUGGAGUUCAAGUCUGUAACAUUAGGUGGUUUGCCUUUAUCCUCAUCAAUGAUUACAGCAGUAAGAUGUAACAAACAGUCAGUAACCAAUACAACACCACAUGCAGAGGAAAAGACAAAAAAACAAGAAAACUACUUACAACAAAAUAAAAAUCUGGUGAGUAAGAAUGGGUUGCAUGUUUCUUCUAGUGACAAAACAUUAAUUCCAGAUAAAAAGGAAACAGCAAAAGUUGAUGAGAAAGUCAAUGGAUCUAACAUUUUAACGAAGAGUCCACCAAGCUUACGUCCUAUCACUUGCUCUAACUCAGGCACCAAGCUAGCUGUUCCCCCUCCGGUUCCUCCCAAACCUACUUCUUCCUGCAGUUUUCAUCCAUUAUCUCUACCUUCUAGCUCUCCUGUCUCUCCAACUGAUCCAAAUAAAGGGAUCUUUAAUGAUACUGUCGGAACACCAAAUGGAAUCCACCCAUGGAGUAGUCGCAAUGGCAGCAUCCAGUCAGGGCCUAGGAGGGUUUCUCUGAGCCAUGAGAGCCUAUCACCCAAAAAUACAGAUGCACCGCUCACUAUUGCCACCUCACCCACCUCAGUUGAUUGCAAAGGUGUUGGAGCCUUUGACAGCAGAGAAUCUGGUCGAUCUGGUUCAGGUUCUGAUCUGCGAACUAGCUCUUCCAGCCUGGGAGGUAGAUUACCAGCCUCUGCUCUGAGAGGAAAGAUCCAGUCUUUGCCCUGGUACAUGACUCGUUCCCAGGAGAUUCUGGGAAAUCUGGACUAUCCUUCGACAAGUUCUAUCAAUGGAGACACAUCUGGCUUUGGCUCUGGUUUGUCUGUAGCAAGUGGUUUAUCAGACUUAAACAAAACCCCUGUCAAGGACAAGGAGACAAUUGCCUCAAAAUCAGGAAGUAAAGGAAGCAUCUUAGAUGAUGGAGCAGAGGUUGUCAUCGCAACUAUCAAAGAGGCUCCAGAAUUAAGUUCACAUAUGAAAAAGGCCAGUGGAACAAAUGGGUCACAUCCUAAUCUGAGUUUUAGAGAUAACAGUCCACACCUUGGCAGUGUUUCUUCAGAGCAGCCUCAGUCACGGCCUCAUUCAGCUGUGGGGCUGGGAGGUGUAACAAUCAUGCAGAUUGGAGGCGACUCACCGACCUCCUCUGGAGCAGACACCACUCCUCCACAGCAACAUCGAGAGUCUUGUGGCUGUCGCACUGUUUAUGCCAACUGUUUCAGUGGAGACACUGAGGAUGGAGUAAGCUUUGAUGAGGAACUCACCGUUUAUGAGUUCUCUCGCCGCAUAUGCCCUAAACCUGCUCAGGCAUCAUCUCCAACAAUACCCUCUCCAAAACCCAACAUCCUGUCACUUUUGAGGGACAACCCUCGGCCACUGUCUACAUUCUCCACUGCGUCCACUGAACUGAGUCCUCUGGUUUCGUGUCCAGUUUCACCUACAGUUUCACUCAGUGGGCGUCUUCGUUCCCUUACCAACAAGAACUAUGGGGGAUUAAGGGGUGGUUUUGUCUCUCUACGUGAAGACAUAGAUCAACUUCUUCUGGUAUUAGAGAAGGGAGUGCUUGACCAGUCUCAGCACCCCUCAAAACUGGAGAACACAGACCUAAAUCACAAUGGAACAGAAGACAAUACUGCUGCAAGGAAGGUCUGCACUGGAAUAAGUCCUGUCAUCAUGACAGAGUCUGAAAGGAGUCUUCUCCAGGCAGAGGCCCGUCGACUAGCAUCUGGAUGUCAGCGAGCCACACGUGUUGGAUGGGCUCCGGAUGAGGCUCUACGUUCUUUAACCACUAGUUUUAGUGCGCUUGUUCAGCUGUCAGCUGCCUGCCUGAAAACAAAUCCCUGUCCUGGUUGUGACGUCUGCCAUAAAGCAAGACUAGUUGACAGGGAUGAGGAUGAUGAUGGCCAGCAGCCUAUGGACAAGUUGAAGGAGAUAGUUGGUCUGUACAGAGAGUUUGUUGGGGCUGUUGAAACUGCUGGGACUGGUGGUGUGAACAGUGGUAGGAGUGUCGGGUCUGGACAGAGUCAGGGGGAGGAAGAUGGGGUGAGGUUGCUAGCCAAACGCUGCACUUUGCUUAUCUCAUCGGUAUUUGCGCUCACACAACUUUUCCGGACAUGCACACUGGAAACCACAGAAACACCUGGCCGCGUACCUCUCAAUUUUUGACCCGAACCUUCAGACUUGUAAAUGAUGGACUCCAGAGGUGAGACAAGAGCAAACUGCACAGAGCAAAUUGGUUUGUAACUCCAGUAUUUUUGUACAAGUGCCAUGCACACUACAACACAUUACACAUACUGACACCUCACAUAAUCCUAAAGAGGUCUGCCUCUCUUCGCAACACGUGUGGACUAUGCAUUUGUACAUAUGAAUUUUAUAAUUACUUUAUUCUCUUAUUUUAUGAUACAAUAUGUGUAUGUAUGUACUGAUUAUCCAUGUAUAUAUUUAUGUAUUUAUUUUUACAAUAUUUGCACCAUUAUCUGUCAUGUGCAGAUCUCUGGUGUGUAAAACCUAAAAAAACAUGGAUGUCACUGGAUUUUUUAUUUUCCCUUGUCUUUGAGACAGUAUUAUGUUAUCUUUUGCUGCUUCUAAAAAAAAUCUUCAUUCUACAAGGUGUAAUCUGUAAAUUGUCAUUUUAUUCAGUCUAUUAUUGCAGUACAUUUACUGAUAAGACACAGAAAAUAUACUUUAUUACAGUUUUGAACUACAAUGAUUAACUGUUUUGUUUUUAUAUGUGUAAGGUUUACAACUUUUUAAGGGUUCGGUUUUUAAACCUCACAGUCACAAAUAAAUGUGGUACAAAACUCUACAGCAGGGAGAGCACUUUUGACUGUUACAGAUUGCACCUUUUUGUGAGACAUAGCCUUGUAUGAAGUGUUUGUCCUGUCCUUCCCCCCCCCAUCCAGGAUUACUCUCUGUUGUUUCUUGGUACUAUAACCAUUAACCAAAUGUAUGCAGUAUUAUAACAUUCUUGUUUUUCCAAAUGCCUCCAUCUAUAUAUGUUUUCUGGAUAUGUGGGGAUGGGGGCCUAGGCAGUGAAACAGUGGACCUUAUUUAUGUAGUUGGCACAAGGGUGACUGUUAAACUCUGUCCAGAUGUAGCAAAGAUCCAAAGUCUUAAAAAACACUGAGCCACAACUGUUCCCUGCCUUGGGUUCCUCUUUGUACACCACUUUAUCAACAAAACACUGACAAAUGAACUGACAGAGGACAGAACUGUAGAUAUACAUCUGUGUCCUACCUUAGGUUAUGCCUAUGCAAACAUAAACUCCUAAGCCCCUGCACACUGUAUGCUGUUUUUAUUUCUUUCAAUGCCAACAUUAAAACCAACAACAGAUGCAUUAUAUUUGUGUGAAAUAAUGGGAGUUUUUUAGUUUUUUGUUUGGAAUGCUGGCUUUUCAUCUUGCUUUGGGGAAACUAUCUGCAUCGCUAUUUGCAACAAUUUGCGAAGUUGCAUGGCAUUUGCAAUCGUCAAUGUGAAGACUCCUGUCUAUACUGAUCUCUGUGAAUCGUCGCUAAAAGGAUUACAUUGCUUGAUCAGUUUGCUGAUGUAAAGUGUUUGCUGAUCAGCUCAACAUUUCACAAAACGUCGCCAGUGCGCCUGAUCUUCCACCAUGAAGGAUUUACUUGAGCCACAUUUGACAAGAGGAUGGCACUUAAGACUGAUCAAUCAGUAGCUGCUCCUCUAAAUAUAAGGGGAUUAGGGUGAAUAAAGGCUGCUUAAGUAUCCAGUCAGCUGGUGAGGAGAUGUGUUUUUUCCCCAAAAUGACAAAGGAAAGGGUAUAAGGAAAAUCUCUUGAGACGUCCAGCUGCCAUGUCUUCAGGUAGCUUUAUCCAUCACUGCACUAACAAACCAUUCUGUGAUGUCCCAAGUGUGUUUGUAUGUCUCCUUUUGUUCAUCAAAGGCUCAGAGCUGAGUCUGUUACACUUUUCUGUUUUUACGCGGUUUUGUAUGAAACAUUUGUUUCUACACAAACAGACCCUUUUUCCAUAUUUACAUCCAACAAAGUCAAUGUAACAAGAAUUGUACUGUUUGGAAAUAAAUGACACACUGACCUUCA